CAGAAAUCCUCAGACCAGCUGGGCCUGUCCUCCAGGAGGAUGAGAAACUCCAAGACUGCCAUUUCAUUCUUUAUCCUUGUGGCUGUCCUUGGGUCCCAGGCUGGCCUCAUACAAGAAAUGGAAAAAGAAGAUCAUCGCUAUAACCCUCCAAUAAUUCAUCAAGGCUUUCAAGACUCUUCAGACUGCUGCUUCUCCUAUGCCAAACAGAUCCCGUGUUCAAGAUUUAUAUAUUAUUUCCCCACCAGUGGUGGGUGCAUCAACCCGGGCAUCAUCUUUGUCAGCAAGAGGGGAAUCCAGGUCUGCGGCGACCCCAGUGAUCGGAGAGUUCAGAGGUGUCUAAGCAUCCUGAAGCCAGGCUUAAGAUCUGGGAGCAAGCACAUUGCUUGAGAAGGAGGGCAUGUGACCACCCAGGAAACCGUGUUUUUAUGGAUACUUAAAGCAUUUACUCUUCUGUUCAAGUUUAAAGCAGCAUAUGCAGUCAAUGGUAUUCAGGUGGACUCAGCUUGACACAGUUAGAGCCAUCUUGAGUUGUAACCGUCAUGAUUGUCUUUGAGUAACUGUUCGGUUUUCUUGCGGUUUCUCAGCAGAUUAUAAAUGGAUAAACUAUCAGAGUAGACUUUGGGGCUUUGGAAUGUGUCUGGUUCUGAUACAAGCUUAAACUGGGUAUUUGCCCUAGGCCAUACAUAUGUCCAGCUUUGUAGGGACCCAGUUGUUUGCCCUGCCACAAUAGAGCAGUAAGCACUCCCAAUAAAGUC